AUGGAUUUGAAAGGUAGGGUACUUGUGGUUUGCUUGCUGCUGUCUGCUUUUUUUCUGAGUGCUUUUGCGGUUGCUGUGGCUUUGGAAGAUCCAGAGCUGAAGCAGUGCAAGCACCAGUGCAAACACCAGCGAGGGUUUGAGGAGUGGCAGAAGCAACAGUGCGAGAGGAAGUGCGAGGACUACAUCAAGCAGAAGAGGGAACAGGAGGACCAGCGGAGGAGGUGGGAAGGAGGAGGAGGAGGAGGAGGAGGAGGGGAAGGAGGAAGUUUUUACAUACGUGAGAGAGAGGAGUUCGAGGGGCGAGGGCAACAACAACAACAACAAGGAGACGAGAAUCCUUACUUCUUCGAAGACCAGCAUUUCGAGACGAGGGUUCAAACUGAGGAAGGUAGGGUUCAGGUUCUGCAGAAAUUCAACGAAAGGUCUGAUCUUCUGCGUGGGAUUGAGAAUUUUCGAGUCGGGUUUCUCGUCACGGAACCUCAUGCAUUCGUUGCUCCAACUCAUCUUGAUGCUGAUUGUGUCCUAUUUGUUUGCCAAGGCCGGCCAACAAUCACACUGGUGAGGGAGGAGAAGAAAGAGAGCCACAAUCUUGAACGUGGAGAUCUCUUUAGGAUUCCGGCAGGCACCCCAUUUUAUAUACUCAACAGAGACGAUAAUGAAAGGCUCCAUAUUGUCCAACUUCUCAAAGCAGUCUCUACCCCCGGCGAAUACGAGGCGUUUCACUCGGCCGGCGGCCAAGACCCCGAAUCCUUUUUCAAAGCAUUCAGCCCCGAAGUUCUCCAAGCCGCUUUUAAGACGGAUAGGAAUAAGUUGGAUAGGCUAUUUGGGCAGCAGACGCGAGGCAGCAUCAUAAGGGCCUCCAAAGAACAAGUACAGAGAAUGAGCCAGCAGCAUGGUCAUGGCGGCAGUGAAGGCAUUUGGCCGCUGCCUUUCCAUGGCGGUGAAUUAACUUCAAAAGAUUCAUUCAAUCUUUUUAAGAAGCAUCCUUCCCAAGAAAACAAGUUUGGCCGUCUCUUUGAAGCCGAUUUCAAAGACUUCAAGCAGCUUCAGGAGUUUGACCUCCUCGUCUCCUUUGCUAACAUCACCAGGGGUGCUAUGGAAGGUCCAUUUUUCAACUCAAGGGCUACAAAGAUAUCAGUUGUGCUAGAUGGUGAAGGCCACUUUGAGAUGGCAUGCCCGCAUGUUGGUAAACAACGCCAGCACAGUGGAAGGUCGCAGCAGAGACAAAAGAGCAGCCCAACUUACCAAAAGAUGAGAGGAGACUUGAGGCGAGGAGCGGUGUUUGUUGCCCCCGCCGGCCAUCCUGUCACAACCAUUGCCUCAAGAAACAAUAACCUCCAACUCCUCUGCUUCGAGGUCAAUGCUCGAGACAACAUCAUGUUUCCACUGGUAGGGAAGAACAAUGUGGUGAGCCAGUUCGAUAGGCAAGCCAAGGAGCUCUCGUUUGACGUGCCGGCGAGCGAGGUGGAGAGUAUUUUCAACAACCAGAAAGAUGAGUUGUUUUUCGAAGGACCAAAUGAGCAGCCUCAGAACGGGCUUAUGCAUGAAAGUUGAGGUUUUGUGAGAAGCCCUAAGGAGGAGGAUGUUUCAGUUUUGGGGUACCGAUAUGUAUAUUAUAACGCGGUCAACUAAUGUAAAUGUUGGGUUGUAACCUUAAAUAAGAGAUCAGGACUUCUGUGGUACCUAUAUGUAUAUUAUAACGCGGUCAACUAAUGUAAAUGUUGGCUUGUAACCUUAAGUAAGAGAUCAGGACUUGUAUGCCAACUAAAUGUUGUAAAUUUCGGGUUGUGACCUUAAAUAAAAGCAA